AGGAAUGGGACAUACGGCUCGCGCCUUCUAGAUACCUGUCGAAAAUCUGCACGUUGCACUCCACAAAGCAGACGACGCUGCACUUCGAAACGUCGCUUUCCUAGCUGGUCCUUUAGUUCCAAGGACAGCCGGUUUCCCGUGACGGGGGAAAGGUAGCGGGACGGUGCGUCGCAGGAGUGCCCGCGGGACAUGCUCUGGAGUUCCCUGGUGCCCGCCUGACCUCCCGCCUGCUACACCUGCGCAGCAACGAGUUUGAUGAGGCUGACGAUGGACCCCCUAGAGCAGGCGGGCGAGUGGCUGCGAGGCGACUCGCUGCCGCGCUGGAGCAGCACGCAGCCCAUGCAGCGCCUGCUCGACUACAGCGCCUCUGGCGAGCUGCGCAAGCAUUCCACCAGCCCCUUCCCCUACAGCCCCGAAGUCAACCAAAGGGUGGUGCUCUGGAAUGGGGAUAUUACAUCUUUGAAUGUGGAUGCUAUUGUCCAUUCAACAAAUGAAUCGAUGAAUGAAAGAAAUCCAGCAAGCGACAGGUUAUUUGCUCGAGCUGGUCCUGGUCUCAGGGAAGAAAUAUCUACAGAAAUAAAAGAAUGCCGCACAGGAGAAGUACGUGUAACUCAGGGAUACAAUCUUCCAGCACGAUUUAUCAUCCAUACUGUUGGUCCAAAAUACAAUGUUAAAUAUCAGACUGCAGCAGAAAAUACAUUGCAUAGUUGUUAUCGAAAUAUUUUACAAAAGGCUUGUGAGCUGAAUAUUUCUUCACUUGCUCUAUGUGUAGUGAACUCUGUUAGAAGAAACUACCCACCUGAUGAAGGAGCUCAUAUAGCAAUACGUACAGUGCGCCGCUUCUUAGAAAAACACCACAGCUCUCUGGAAACUGUAAUUUUUGCUGUGGAGAACACAGACCUCGGAAUUUAUGAGGUUCUGCUCCCUCUCUACUUCCCACGAUCCCUCCAAGAAGAGGAGAAUGCUUUAUGGCAACUGCCAUCUGAUGUUGGUGGAUUGUAUGGAGAACCUGUAUAUCCAGACAGGCAGAUACGCAUCAUUGACAAUCCACAACAUUCACUGGAUCCUGAUGAUUCGAUAGACCUAAGUUCCCACAUGGAUACCACCAUAAGUGUGGGGGAGCACGCCUUUAGCCAAAUGCAGGGAGACCUUGACCAGCAGCGGCUCCUGGGCGAGCGACCACAGUCUGAUCCUCUAGGUGACCUCAUGGUUAAAGAAAUGCAGAACAAAGAGAGGUACGAGCGACUGCUCCGACGGGCCAAAACAGAGGACCUGUCUGAAGUAUCAGGCAUUGGAUGCCUCUACCAGAGUGGCGUUGACCGCUUUGGUAGACCUGUUAUAGUAUUUGUUGGCAAAUGGUUUCGCUUUAAGGAAAUUAACCUUGACAAGGCACUGCUAUAUCUCAUCUACCUGUUGGAUCCAUUAGUGAAGGGAGAUUACAUAAUAGUGUACUUCCAUACUUUAACAUCAACUGCUAAUCAUCCUUCUUUGACAUGGCUUCGAGAAGUAUACAAUGUGCUGCCUUACAAGUACAAGAAAAAUUUGAAAUCAUUUUACAUCGUUCACCCCACAAUUUGGACAAAGAUGAUGACAUGGUGGUUUACAACAUUUAUGGCUCCAGCCAUCAAGCAGAAGGUCCACAGCCUUCCUGGUGUAGAAUACCUAUACAGUGUAAUGUCCCCUGACCAAUUAGAGAUACCAGCUUAUAUUACAGAGUAUGAUAUGUCGAUUAAUGGCCUAAGAUAUUUUCAGCCUGAGUCACCUACAUAGAUAGAUGCCAAAUGCACAAGCUGAAGAGAACUGUUGAAUUCAAAAUGCAGUGCCCCAUAUAGCAGAACAAAAAUGUAGUGAUAAAAUGAGCUUCAUAAUAUUUAGAACUUUAGCCAGAAUGUUUUAAAGCAGUGAAGAUUUGUUAUCAACCUCCAAGGAGUAUAUGGGCUGAAAGUGGUUAUAAAAGUUGUUAAAUUUUUGUGUCAUUCUACUGCCAUGACGUGUUAAUGGUAUUUAUUCUCAAACUAAAUACUGAGAAUCAAAUGACUGACAGCGUAAACUCCAUUUUAAUCAAUUGUAUGUUCUUAUUCUAUACAGAUGUUUCAUAUGUUGAUAAGUGGGAGCACUAAAAUUGUUAAUCUUAAAUUUUCACUAGAGAUAUCCGUAAAAUGUGCCAUCAAGUAGUUCAGCCAAUACAACAAAAGUUUAUGAUUAAUAACAAAGUGCUGGUGUUCAGGCAAUAAGUUUUAUGAUUUAUCAGUGACAUGUAGUGAAAAGUGGAUUAACAAUAUUUUUAAUAAUAUCAUAAAAAACAAAAUAGAUGCCAGUAUUUACCACAGUAUCAAUUUUUAUUUUCAUGUUAAACAGGGAGGAUUGUUAAUGUAGUAUUGAAUAAUUAAGAUGUUGACGAGUGAGUGGCUUACUUUCCUGUGCUUGUUGUAUGAGGAGAUAUGUUAAGAGAUGUAAUAACAUUAUGAAUGUUUUAUGGUAAUUUUUAUUUUAUAUUUUGUACAAUUUUGUAACCAUUAAAUAGCAUCACUAAUGAUGUACAAGUGAAGAACUAUGUUUUACAAGUUAAAAGUUGUCAAGUGUCUCUCAGGGCACUACUGCAGCUGUUGUUGAAUAUUUUGUGCAUUAGAAAAAGGUACAAAAAUACUGUUUAGUAUUUUUAUACAGAUGCACGAUUUAUUGUGUUUUGAAAGUGUAAAACAAGUGUUAAAUGUUGAAAAUCCUGUGGCCUUCCACGUGGUUCCACAAUAGAUACAACAAUUUUUACUAGAGAAUUCGUUUAAAAUAUAUGCUGCCUUUAUUCAGAAAUAGUGCCUGUUAUAUUCGCCGAUAACAUCUAAUUACAGGUGAAAACAAUCAAUAAUCAUUGCAAUAAUCUGAGACUGACUGUAUUUCUCUUUGCAGAAAAUAUUUAUGGGCUGAAUUGAGGGAAACUGUUAGUAUAUAUUACAUAUGCUUUACUUGUUAAAUGCACUUGACAUCUUGAAAUGAUAUGCACUAUUUCCAGAUGUCAGUAUUGCCUUUUUCAUUAAUAAUGUUCAGUUAGAGAAUAACAGCCCAAAAUAAAGGAAAAAUGUGAUAUCUGUACAUCAAUUUCAACCAGAAAAUUCUGACAAUUAUUAAAAAAAACAAAAAUGCUUAUUGUACUAUACGAAUAGCCGUGCCACAGUUUCAAUAAAAAAUAACAAUGGA